AGUAGAAGGUAGGGCUUGGCUGCUGAACUAUACAAUGCGCUGAAAGAUGGUGCACCAGGAAAAAUGUGUUUACCAGGCCCAGAGGAAUGAGAGGGAGUCCAUUAGGCAGAAGCUGGCCCUUGGCAGUUUCUAUGACGACGGACCGGUUACCUUUACUGGCUGCAGCAAGAGCAGCAAAAACUGCCUGUCCUCACGGCUUCAGAAUGGGGUGAAUCUACAGAUGUGCUUUGUGAAUGACAGCAGCAGUGACAGGGACAGUGAUGCAGAGGACAGCAGAACAGAGACCAGCUUGGACACCCCAUUGUCACCUAUGAGUAAACAGAGUUCCUCUCUCUCUGACCGGGAUACAGGAGAGGAAGACCUGGAUUCAGAGGAUUCAGAAUUCUGGCGGCUACAGCGGCGGCUGCAGGAGGAGGCCCGUGUGGCUCUGGCAUUGGCCCGUCCCAUGGCCCGCAUGCAGGUGGAGGUGGAGAGACAGAUUCAGCUACACCGCAGGUCUCCCGUGGCAGACCUGUUACCACAUCUGCCACACAUCAGUGAGAGCCUAAUGAAGAGGAAUCUGAGGCCUGUGGACUUGAGGGACAUGAGUCUUGGACAGUUACAGGUCAUCACCAAUGACCUACACUCUCAGAUACAAGGUCUGAAUGAGGAACUGGUUCAGCUGUUGCUCAUGAGAGAUGAACUACACAUGGAACAGGAUGCCAUGCUGGUAGAUGUGGAGGAUCUAACCAGGCAUGCACAUAGCCAGCAGAGGCACACGAUGGAGAAGUCUCUAGCCAAAGGCAAAGCAGCUUGCCAUGGUCGCUGUGAUUCUCCAUUUUGAGUCAAACAGCACAGGGUCCAACCUCUUGUGUUUCACUAUACGAUGAAGCAGUGUACUCACGAUAGACCCUUUUUAUAGAUGUGUGUGGUUUGCCUAUGUUUCAAGCUUUGUGUGGAUGUAUGUUAAUUAUACAUGCUGUAUGUGUUCAUGCAUGCCCGCACCUUAGCUGAGGGUUACACACUCACCUCUGAGAAAAUCCUGUUGAUCCUUCAUUAUGUAGUAAUACAGAAAGAAUCAUCAAUCACUGACAGGCUGGAUCUUUUCCCGUGCAAAAUAUCUGCUGGUUUCAUGAUACGGAAUAGACCUUAAUAGGAAACAACUCUAGUAGAAGGCUGGUUCACCCCAAAAAUUUAUUAAC